AUGUCCAUCAUGACCUAUGCCUUGACCUGCCGCAAGAACGAGGAGAAUCUACGAGUAUCUCGCCGGCUUUUGUGCUCAAUGCCAAACGAAGCUUGCGUCGAAAGGUUCUUCUCGAUCGUCAAGAAUGUGAUCACAAAUGACCGCUCAUCAUUGUCAACCGAUCACUGUAACAUGAUAGCUAUUGCCCGAUACAUUACUGUGUCUUCUUCU